CACUGCUGUUGAGAGUUGUCUUGAGAAACAUUGUAGGAGUGUGUAACCAGCGCUUGUUCACAGCUUUAGUAACUUCCUGUUAGUGUAUUGACUCAGAUCAGGAGAGGCUCAGAGCUGCAGACAAGAUAGUUUUUAGGUGACUGAAGCUGACCCCAUUUGAUUGACAUGUCAAACCCAGUAAUCACCCACCAGCCAGGAGCAGGCUCUUAUGGGACAAAUGUGCAGACGGGCAAGUGGAGCACUGGGCUGUGCUCCUGCUGCAGUGACAUCCUAGUCUGUGCCUUGGGCUUCAUCUGCCCAAUAGCAUUAAGUUGCUACACAGCUGACAAGUACGGUGAGAACGUGUGCCUGGCCUGUGUUCCAGGAGGCAUGACAGCCAUGAGGACCCACAUGAGAUUGACCUAUGGGAUUCAGGGGACAAUAUGCAAUGAUGCAUUGAUGACCUGUUGCUGUGGAUUCUUUGAGACGUGCAGGAUGGCCCGUGAAAUUCGCAUCAGAAAUGGAGACGUUUGACUUGUACAGUCAUUUGAAGACAUUUUCAAGUGGAAGUUAAAUUAACCUUGUGUCACAUAUUGUUGAUACAAAUUGUCAAUGUUAUACUAUGUACAUUUUUACUUUUGUAUUGUUUAAAUUUGACCCCUACCCUCAAACAGUACUGUUUAAAGAAUUCAUAGCACCAUGUAUGAACAUAAGAUCCACAAUAAAGUUAUGUUUUUUUCGUAUUUUCAA